AUGGAUGGAUUUUUGAAGAGCGUGGGAGGGGCUUGGAGCUCCCUGACCGAGAAGUAUCCCCAGUUGACGCAGCUGGAGGAGCGCGUCGUCACUCUGCUGCCCAGGCUGUCACCAGAGCAUGUGAUCCAGCUGGGCCCCAAGCGGUACAGGGUGAUCCGCACCCUCGGGGAGGGAGGCUACUCCACCGUGUACCUCGUACGGGAGCUGAGCGAGAGGACUGGAGAUCUUGGGACAGCUCCCGCCGAGCCGCCAGGGCCGGACCUGGCACUCAAGCAGAUUUUCCUGGCCGGGCCCGAAGAGGAGCAGAGGGCGGCGGCAGAGGUCCGCCUGCUGCAGUCUCUGGCCCACCCCAACAUCAUCCGCCUGCUGGAAAGCACAGUGACCGACGUGGACACGCCCUCGGGGCCGCGCAGGGCCGCCCUCCUCCUCAUCCCAGCAUAUCAGGCAAGACGGCCGGGGUGGGGGUGGGUGGGGGGGUCGGUUCACGGGUCCGCGUGGGAUGCGGUGCACCGUGCCGCAGCGCCCCCGCCCCUGCGCACCGUGCUUUCCAUCUUCAUCCAGCUGUGCGCCGCGCUGGAGGCGGUGCACGCCGCGGGCCUGUCGCACCGGGACGUGAAGCCGCAGAAUUUACUGAUGGAGGCGCGUCCAGGCGCCACGCCGCGCACCGUGCUGAUGGACCUCGGCAGCGCCGGCCCGGCCGCCGUGCCCGCGCACUGCACGGCCCCCUACCGAGCCCCCGAGCUCUGGGAGGUGGUCCCUGGGACCGUCCUCACAGAGAAGGUGGACGUCUGGGCGGCGGGGUGUGUGCUGUACUGCCUCGCGUACCGCGAGUCGCCCUUCGAACGCGCCACGGGCACGACGGGGGGCAGCCUGAAGCUGGCGAUACUCAAUGGCGGGUGCACAUUCCCCGAGGAGCCCAAGCACCUGGCCUGCCUCCAGCCCCUCAUCCGCGCCUGCCUGGAGCAGGACCCGUCCAGGAGGCCAAGCGCCGCCGAGGCCAAGCUCAUGGCCCAGACGCUGCUGGAGGAGGCGGUGCGUGACCCAGUCGGUGGGCUGGAGGGCGCAGGGGGACCCUUGGCGCACCUCACUGCACGCGCCUCGCCGGUGGCGGGCCUGGAGGGGACAGGAGUCGCUGGCCCUGGUGCGCUCUGA